AAGAAGUUUAACAAAAUGCAAGUUUUUAACAAAUAUUCUUAUGUGUAUCUCUUCCUUUUAAAGUGCAAUGCAGUCGUCUUUACGUCACCAACUGGGAAAUGCAUUCCAUUGCCUAGAACUUUUACUGUACAAUUGCCAAAGCCCCUUGAGUCUAAUGAGUUUAUGGGACUUACUGGAAAUUCAUUUGAAUUGGGAUCAUGGGAUCCAUUGCGUAGUGUCCAGUUGACACAAGUAACUCCAACUAUUUGGAAUGGAAUUGUCAAUCUAAGCAGUCCCGGACAAGUUCAAUACCGUUAUUUUGUUUACUCUCUCGACUCAUUGGGACGCAUUCAAAUUAAACGUUGGGAAGCUUAUGUCGAGCCAAGAAAUAUGAGGACUUGCAAUGGAAACUGCAUGAGAAUGGAUCAAUUUGGUGAAAUUGAUGGUCAAAAGAAAAUCGCCCGAGGCUGGUUGACCAAUGAAACUAUCGUUCAGUUGAAGUUUCUCAAUCAAGUUUUUGAAUUUGACGGUGGUUUUACUCCAGAAAGGAUGUAUUUGAAGUUGGUUAAUUUGGAAAAUGAACAAGACUUGCCAAACUAUAAUGAGAGUUUAAACAAUGCCGAGGUUGUGAAUAUGAAGUAUAACCGAAGUGUCUUUGAGAGACAGUCGGAUUUGGGAACACUUUACAAGGCAGGAGAUAUCGUACUAUUUCAAUUGUCGAUUCAAUUGGGACAAGAAAAUGGAAAAUAUGCUCUAGUUUUACAUUCUGAGGACCGUCAACCAUUGGGACAUGCCCCGAUUUUGCUCUCGACUUUCCAAGAGAAUGACGAAAAGUUAGAAUUAAAUGUUACAAGUCAUGAAUGUGGUGAGAUCAUAGGCAUUGCUAAGAUUUCUUACUUGAUUGUGAGACCUUUACCGGGUAUUCGGAUGAACUUCCGCACAAGCUAUACUUAUACCUGGAAGCCCAAAUGGGAAAAGCUGUUGGUUGGCCACAGGGGUGACGGAGAAAGCUUUAAAGUUGAUGGAGCUCCUAUCACCGAGAAUACAAUAGCAUUAUAUAAGCUGGCUUACGAAGUUAACAUCGACAUGGUUGAGCUUGAUGUUCACUUAACUGAGGACCUUGUUCCGGUGAUUUAUCAUGAUUUCAAGAUUUUCACUGCACAAAAUAAAACACAUCCAAAGUCAAAGGAUGAUCUGAUCGAAGUCUUCAUCAAAGAUAUUCAAUACAGCCAACUUAAGAAUCUACGGAUAUUCAAUGUGAUCGGUGAUGAGAUCCGAGAACAUCCAUCACAUAACGAAGAAAAACGACCAGAUCACCGUUUAUUUCCAACAUUAGAAGACGUCUUUCGUGAGCUUCCUCUUGGAUUGGGCAUCAAUAUGGAAAUUAAAUGGCCUCAAGCUUAUUUCGAUGGUACGCUGGAAGCCGAACAAUUCACUGACAAGAACCUCUUUGUUGAUAUAAUUCUUCGGACAACACUGCGUGGUUGUGGUCGAAUAUUGAUUUUUUCAUCGGUUGACGCUGAUACUUGCACCAUGGUCCGUUUCAAGCAAAAUAUAUUUCCAACCAUGUUCUUGACCCAAGGAUCUACGAAAAAAUGGCCAGCCUACAAGGAUCCUCGUUGCAAUAGUUUUGAAGCAGCUGUGAAUAAUGCUCAAACUUUUGAGUUUAUCGGAAUCGCACCUUUUUCGGAAGAUGUUCUCAAAGAUAAUGAUCUCAUUCAUUUGGCUACAGAUCUAGGACAAAAAGUAUUUCUCUGGGGAAAUGACAUAAGCUCGCUGGAACGAGUUCAAUUCUUUGAAAAGUUAGGUGUUACAGCAAAUAUUUUUGAUCGUGCGGAUUUAAUUGUUCCAAAGGAGCGAACCGCUGGUAUUUUUAAUAAUCCUGAAACAAUAGAGUAUUUAAGAGGCCAGUGUCUGUCGUGAAAUAAAAUAACUUAAGUUUAAAGUUUUAUUUUCUAAGAGCCAAUUUUUAAAUAGCCAGAUAAACCCCAAUUAAGGCUU